AUGGCGACAUCAGCGAGCUUGGAGCCCCCGCCGGAGAUGGGCAAGGCUGACCCUGGAGCGCACCAGCUAUCCGAGCCAGAGUCAUCAGAUUCAGAUGACCAGUUCACCGAUGCUCGGUCCGGGGCCGCGACGCCACAAGCGAAUUCUCCGAUUCCAAAAACACGACCAGUAAAUGAAGAUCCAACUUCUUCUCACGCCCAAGUUUCAGCAGCGGACAUGUAUCAGAAGAAGGAUGGUGAUGUACAAUCCGAAGAAAUUGUCCGCUCGGAAGAGCUUGAAGCCAAAACUCCGACCGAGACCUCCAAAUCGGAGGUUCCAAUUACUGUCCUAGAGCCAGUUGACUCAGUCAACGCCUCAGUGCGCUUUUCAAAAGCUGAUGUCAAGCCAGACGUCAUAUUAGAGCCAGUAGCGGACAAUAAGCAUGUAGGGCAUAGCGACAACGAGAUUGCAGCCGAAGGGGAUGGAGACGGCUUCGGCGACGACUUCGAUGACUUUGAAGAAGGAGGACACGGUAAUGAUUUUGAUGAUUUUGAGGAAAGCUUCCAACGGCCGCAACUAACCGCGACGGCUGCACGACCUCUACCCACGGUCCAGCCAUCUCUACUUCCAUUCUCGAUACCCGAUUUCGACGGCCUGGGACCCGAUGAAGUAAUGUCGACGACCGAGCCAUGCUUGGACAGCCUGUUCCCCCUCGAGGGGCUCGGCUUGCCCCCUGUCCCAACACUCCCCCAGGAGCCAUCAAUGUUCUUAACACCAAGAUCGGCCUCGCUGUGGUCACAGCUGGUUGCCCCUCCCCCUCUUGCACCACCUGACUGGAUUCGGUCUCGCACCCGCCGUCUCUUCCUCGUUUCACUAGGUGUGCCUGUAGAUCUGGACGAAAUCCUUCCAGCAUCCAAGCAGAAGAAGCUGGUUCUUCCUUCUCUCAAUCUCCGGGCCACGUCACCUACGAGGUCAAGCGAUUCGAGGACCUUAUCAAGGCUACAGCAGGGCGAAGGAAAUGCGUCGUCAACAUCGGUAGACACGCAGGGAAAGCCUAGAGGCUCCAAAAGGAGUAAAGGGCCACCGCCUCAGCCUGAACUGGACCUGGUUUCUGCCCGAUACCUCUGCAUGACUACGGACGAGGCGCUAGACGGCAUGACUGAUGAAGAAUUGAAGGCGCACGUGUCGAAACUAGAGGCGAUGGAGGGCUCAGCCAAGGAAAUCUUGGAGUAUUGGAAAAAACGAACAGACGAGAAGAUAGGCGACAGGGAGGCGUUUGAAGGGGUGAUAGAAAACCUGGUCAAGCAUGCCCGGAAAGUGAGAAAAUAA